GUGAUUGUGACGCUAUAUUUUAUCAACUACAGUAUAACAAACAACAACCUACUAUGUUUGUUUGACUGUACUCUUUUCCCGCCUUUUUUAGUUUUUCUUGAAGUACAGAACGAGGGUCUAAGGAUGAGAAAAUAUACGACUUUCAAAUUUCCCUACAUUUUGAUAGAGGAUGUUAAAGGAAAAUUCCAGCCAAUAUACAAAGAAUAUAUUAGAGAAACUCCCAUUAUUAAUUUGUCUAGUCCUGUACUAUGCUGUCCUUUCUCAAAUGCAAGAAGAAGUGUAAAACCAAUGAAAAAGAAUCAGAUAAAGUCUGGAUACUGUGAGGUGUGUUAUGUAAAGUAUGAGGAUUACAACACGCAUAUUCAAUGUGCAGACCAUCGGGAGUAUGCUGAGGAUGAUUAUAAUUAUCGAAUGAUAGAUAUUUUUAUUAAAGAGUUUCUUGAGCAAGAGUUGUACGGUGUAGCUAGCUAUCUUAACAGUCCUUGUGAACGAUUGGAAUCCAAAUAUUCUAAUGGCCAGCCAAUAGCAUACGAUUCAGAAUCUGAAUUGGAUAGUUUAAUAAGAGUGAGUAGAGGAUCUCUUGGGGAAUUUGAUGAGGUAGUUGAAUUCAAUAUUAUCUUAGACAAUAUUAACAAGCAUUCUCAAGAAUAUAAGUAA